AUGAGACACUUAAUAAAGAAGUCUAAACAUUCUGGAGGCCCUGACAAUCUACCAGGAGACAUAGAACUGUCUACAAAAGAUGGAGAUAAGAAACUGUCUAGGGAAGCUGGUGAGUCGAGUCACACAUUGAUCACUGAAAACACUGUGGAAACUCUCAGUGAUUCAGAAGCAAAAUCUUCAAAAUGUGGAUUCAAGACACAAAUCACACGCUUAAUAAAGAAUUCUAAAGAUUCUGGAGGCCCUGACAUCCUACCAGAAGUCCCAGUGCUCUUGGAUUUCAAACAGAAUCUAGAACUGAACCGUUUGGCCGAAGCUAGUCAGCAGCUUUUAGCUCGGGAGGAGCAACUCUUCAGCUCUGAAUCAGCAGAUGAGCAGGUGGUUUGCUCAGAGGAAGAGGAGGAGCGAUUGAAGAAUGACUAUGAGACCCUAGAACUGCGUCUGUGGAUGGCUAUUAAAAACUCCUUCAACAAAAGGAAUGAGGCGACGCUGAAAAGUGCUGUGGCUGCAAUAGUUCAGGAGGAGGAACGGGACAGACUGUGGGAGGAGGUAGCUAAAAAGGAGCACCCUAUCUGGAGGCCCAUGAAGUGCCGAGAGUGGCAUGAUAUUCUGCUUCAAAAAGUUGUAGAUAAACGGAUGCAGUUGGCAGAUAGGGAGAAAAAUGUGUCAGACAACCUGAGUGAAAUGAGCGUGCUCAUUCAAAAUGACCUGUUUUAUGUGGUCAAAGAUCUUCAGGGUUUUUAUCCACCAGAGUUUGAAAUAUGCCACAUGUAUGCUCAGCUGUAUCAUCAGGUUUUCACCAAACAUCUCAGAAAACUGCCUCGACUCAACAUCCCCAUCCAGGACUGCAUGUUCAUACUGGGGCAAAUAAGCAAUUAUUCAAACAAUGUGUUGCAUCACAGUGAGCUGGAGUCAGACAUAAAUAGCAAAGCACUAGAACCUCUGUUAUCUGAAGAAGAUCUUGAUUCACUGAAAGAGCAGUACCUUUCACACAAAGAGGGUGAAAUUAGAACACUGUUGUUCAAUGUUCUAAAACUUGAAGAGCAAAACUGGCAGAUUACCGACAGAUCUCAUCUCACUGACGGAUACUACUGCACUCUUGCCUUGGAUACCAUACAUUUUGUUGACAGUGCCAUUGAACAGGCCACAGCUCUCUUGAGUAAGAAGGGUAAAGCUCAGAGGAUAUUAUUUCUACUGCCUGACUUCCUGGCAAGUUACAAGAACUCAAUAGAAGAACUUCUCAAAAGCCAGAAAAACAUCAGUGAAAUUCUGAAAGCCAAUCUGUUUAGUGUCUAUAAACUCAGGCAAUACAUAAAGGACAGACCUGAUCUCCCAGAGCACACGAAAACAGCCUGGCUUUCCACUACAGUGAAAAUCAGAGACUCAUGCCACAAAUACUUUCUGGGCCCCAUACAUGAUGAGCUGAAGGUGAAUUACAGUAUGUUGUGGACUGCAGCCUGGUUUACUGAGCAUUGUGAGGUCAUUGAGGAGCUGGAGAAUAAACUGAUAGAGAAGAUUAGUUAUCUAUGGGACAUUUACCCUGCAUGUCUACAGGAGCUGUUGGGUCAACUACAUUUUGAGGUGAUGAUUAAAUAUGUGGGGAGGAUGCUGAAGAGAAAACUAAAACUGACAAACAAGGAGGAUCAGGAGAAAGCUGCAGACCUUCUGUGUCAGGACAGCAGCAGGAUCAACACACUGUUUAUUGAAAAUGGAUCCGACAGAACGUGGUUGUGUGAAAUCCUGCCCAAGGUUUCAGAAGUGCUAAAAGUACAAGAUCCAGAUGCUCUUGAACUAGAGGUCUAUACUCUACUGAAAGAAUACCCUGACAUCACUGAAAACCAGGUUUGUGCGAUCUUGCAGUUGAAGACCAAUGUCUCCUGUGCAGACAGACGCAUGAUCAAGGAAUGUUACCAUCAAAGUAAGAGCGACAUUCUGGACUCCGAGCCUGCUCCACCUUUUUUCUGCCAAGUGCCAAGAAACUUCUCAUUAUACUUUGGUUCUUGUUUUUGUACACGGCCUUCUUUUCACAUGAAGGAAACACUUAUGUGUAAUAAGGGCUGCUACUCAGUUAAUGCAGCCAGUCCAGUGUAAAACAAACAAACAAACAAACAAACAAAAAAACUAAAAAAAAAAAACAGGGAAACAAAGCCAGAAAAGUCAGUGAACUCCUGAUAAUCAAAGCAGGGUGCAGGGUGAGGUUAAAAUCGUAAAGGUGUUUUUUUUCCUGGACAGGGAUUAAUCCUAAUCUUACACUGCACAGCAUUUUGAAUGUAGGUUCUCCAUUGUAAGGACAAUAUAGUCUACAUUUAGGCUAAAUCACUGUCCAAAAAACUGACCCAAAGAGUGUUAUGCUUAUUCAGCUCUGAAAAAAAUGAAGAGACCACUUCAACGUCUGAAUAAGUUUAUAUUCAUAAAGUUUUAAGAGUUCAGAAAUCAAUAUUUGGUGGAAUAACCCUUGUUGCAUCUUGGCAUGUUCUCCUCCACCAGUCCUACACACUGCUUUGGAGAAAUUUAUGCCACUCCUGGUGCAAAAAUUCAAGCAGUUCAGCUUGAUCUUGUGUUCUUGUGAUCAUCCAUAUUCCUCUUGAUUAUAUUCCAGAGCUUUUCAAUUUGUUAAAAAAAAAUAAUGUAUACACAUUAAUGACUGUCAAAGCAUUAAGUCCGAUUCAGGAGAACGGCAUGAGGUUUUAAGGAGACAGUACACAAGCAUGCACUUUAAUAAACAACUAUUGCCUUUAAUAUUUUGUGCUUGGUAGAUUGUAAAAACAGUGUUUGAUCAAAAUCAGACCAUUUUGAGGUCAUGAUUAUUGUGUCAACCUACUGUCAUUUUUUCCAGGGAAGCAUCCAUGAGUAAAGAUAAUUGAUUUUGUUUUAUAAAGUUACUUUACAUAUUUAUUUAAAAUGUGUAAUCCAGAAAGCAUUUUAAAAUAUAGGCCUAAAAAUAUUUUAAUUGCAUUUAGCUGAAAUCAAAUCAAAAGAAAAAAAAAAAAAAGACUUUUUGUGUAAACAUAAUAAUAGACUGAUAACUGGAUGUGUCGUAAUUUCUUCCAGCUGUAAAAAAACAAAUUAGAUAAUAGCUGAAGAGGAAGAAAUGUCAGUAAGUCCAGAAAUCUUGUCAUAACUCACAGGCCUUAAAUGCUACAAAACAAGUCUCAAAUCAACAACUAAGUCCCCACCCACAUAUGACCAGAUCUUUUCAAAGUCUCCAGCAGCAUCUUAGAUUACCUCACUGAGAUGAUCUCUCAUAAAGUUUGACGACAAAGGCCUCAAGCAGAACACUGCAAACAUGAAUACUGCCCAAAAUAAGCCGAAAUCUAAGAUCCUUUAUUGAUUCUCACUUUUAAACUUCAACACAAAUCUAAAGUAGAUUUUCUAACAGAAACAGGAUUUCCUUAAACAGCAGCCCACUGCAUUCGGUUCACAUUAUCCAAAAAUAAAAACAAAUCCAACAUAAGGUAAGUUUUAUAAUGUUAUGGCUAUGCCACUGCCUUUACUUUACCCACACACUCCUGAACAAGGUUUUAGUUUUUAGUUAACGUUGUUUAGAUUUAGAAAAUACUGUUUAUGUCCGUUCCUGCAAUUACUCAAAAAUAUGGAGAGCAAAAACCUUAGUUUUCAGUCACCUAAUCCUGCAUUUUUAACAUAGAUGGGAGUCCACAAUUCAGAAAUUCAGCUAUAUGAGAUGCAGUAGGACGGCGAAUUAUUAGAUUAAAAAUAAAAGAUAAGCAGUUUCUCUGUUUUUUUUAUUAUAUAUGAUCUACCCACAUACAAUAUACAUGCCUUUUCUCCAUCAUAGGAUUUUAAUCUACAGUUGGGAUAAAUUGAUAAACUACUGCAAAAUAGUGAAAAAUUUAAAAACUAGGCACCUGUUGUAUUCAAAAUACGGUAAUACUCUUCAUGUACCAAUGCACAUUUUUAACAUAGCACGGAUCAUUUGUAUAGCCUUUGCAAUUUAUUGUAGAUCUGCAGCCUGUAUGUGUGUGAUAAAAAUAUACCUUUCAGACAAGAGGGAACAAAAUCUCUUUUUCUUACAUUUGUUGCAGUUUUUGAUCUGAGAUAUGUAGCCUGAUGUUGAAGUAAAUCACUUUGGCCUAUCAGCAGUGGUGAUUUCAUUGUUUGUAAUUAUUCAUUGUUCUCUAUAGUGCUGGGAUUUUUUCCCUCUGUCAUCCAUAUUUACAGACAUGAGUCUGAGGUUCUUUUUUUUUGUUGUUGCUGUUAUUGUGACUGCUAUGGUCUGCUCUGCUGUCAUCGUGUAGCUCCAGUAGUUCCCCAGUGUAUGAAGCCUUUAAAACGCCUUCUAAACUGAUGACUGUGUGUGACUGAUUUUAAACAAGGCUCUUUUAUGUGGUUUGAAUGAGGAAGAGGAGCGUGGCUCUAGAGUGUGAAGGCAUAUUUAGUACUGAUCAUUGGGUUCAUUGUUCAGACACAUCACGUGUUUAAUAUGGAUGGGAGUCCACAAUUCGCAGUCCGCAAAAACCUUAGUUUUCAGUCACCUAAUCCUGCAUUUUUAACAUAGAUGGGAGUCCACAAUUCAGAAAUUCAGAUAUACGAGAUACAGUAGGACGGCGAAUUAUUAGAUUAAAAAUAAAAGAUAAGCAGUUUCUCUGUUUUUUUUAUUAUAUAUGAUCUACCCACAUACAAUAUACAUGCCUUUUCUCCAUCAUAGGAUUUUAAUCUACAGUUGGGAUAAAAAAAAUAGUGAAAAAAUUAAAAACUAUGCACCUGUUGUAUUCAAAGUACGGUAAUACUCUUCAUGUACCAAUGUACAUUUUUAACAUGUGUAGCUCCAGUAGUUCCCCAGUGUAUGAAGCCUUUAAAAGGCCCUCUAAACUGAUGACUGUGUGUGACUGAUUUUAAACAAGGCUCUUUUAUGUGGUUUGAAUGAGGAAGAGGAGCGUGGCUCUGGAGUGUGAAGGCAUAUUUAGUACUGAUCAUUGGGUUCAUUGUUCAGACACAUCACGUGUUUAAUAUGGAUGGGAGUCCACAAUUCAGAAAUUCAGCUUUAAGGGGUGCAGUAGGACAGUGAAUGGUUUGAUUAAAAAUCUUUUGCCGGAGUGUGAAGGCAUAUCAUGUACUGAUCAUUGGGUUCAUUCAUUGUUCAGACACAUCUUGUGUUCUCAGGAUCUCACAUCCCUCUCUUAUACAGAAUGUAUAAAAUGCAUGAUUGUGGUGUAAAGCAAUGUAUAUGGCAGAAUAAAACCCUAUUUAAAUUAUCUUUAUACUUACAUUUAAAAAUAGUUAAAUAGUUAAUUCAUAUUAUGAAAGAUUACACUGUAAUAUUGUACAAAAUUGACUUGCUGUCUCAUCUUGAAAGUAAAAAGCUUAAAAAAUGGGAAAUGAGGCAGUGUAGUUAAUAUUUCCUCUGAGGCACAGGGUGGCACAGGGCGUCUCAUAAUUUUAGCAAGAAAUUAUUAACAAGGCAUCAUGUGUAAUAUUAUGCAUACACAGUUUCUUUACAUCUUUUUACUGCUUAUAAGUAAUAUUUGUAUUGUCUGUGUUCUUAAAAAUGCUGUAUGUGAAGGAUUGAAAAAAAGCAUAGGUGUGACAGUUCCCUACAGAUAAACUGGAUAUCCUCUUCCUCUUCCAGUUUCCUAUUAACAUGCUAAGUAAUGAAUUUGGACUGGCAGGUGUUAGCACUUAUUAAAAUAAUAACAGGAUUAUGCCUGUCCUGAUCUAUAAGAACAGAUUUUAUCUAUAGUUCCAGUAAGGUUCACACCAGGUGACUGCACCCCACACAGGCUACUAUUCUCAUUUUCUAUUCUGUGCUGCCCUCUAGAGGAUGCCCUUAAACUACAUUAAACUCAGUACCAUUGCUGCAGAGACACAGAAAUUGUAACUUUUUUUCUGUGUUAUUGUUUUUCCUAUUAAAUAAUUUUCUUAUUAUUUUACAUAAUAUGAAGAAGUGUCUUGCUUUUUCUGUUUUGAUAAUAGUGUGUUCUAUUAUUAUUGAUGCCUUUA